AUGCCUCGCGGACCUAAGAAGCACCAGAAGCGCCUUAGUGCGCCCUCGCACUGGCUCCUGGACAAAAUGUCCGGAACCUAUGCCCCCAAGGCCUCUCCCGGUCCUCACAAGCUCCGUGACUGCCUGCCUCUGAUCGUCUUCAUCCGCAACCGUCUCAAGUACGCCCUUAACGGCCGUGAGACCAAGGCGAUCCUGAUGCAGCGUCUGAUCCAGGUCGACGGCAAGGUCCGCACCGACCCUACCUACCCCGCCGGUUUCAUGGAUGUCAUCGGUAUCGAGAAGACCGGCGAGAACUUCCGUCUCAUCUACGACACCAAGGGCCGCUUCACCGUGCACCGCAUCCAGGCCGAGGAGGCUGAGUUCAAGCUCUGCAAGGUCAAGCGUGUUCAGCUCGGCAAGGGCGGGAUCCCAUUCUUGGUUACGCACGAUGCGCGAACCAUCCGUUACCCCGACCCUGCCAUCAAGGUCAACGACACCGUGAAGGUUGACGUUGCCACUGGCAAGAUCGUUGACUUCGUCCGCUUCGACACUGGUGUUGUCACCAUGGUCACCGGUGGUCGUAACAUGGGUCGUGUUGGUGUCGUCACUCACCGUGAGCGCCACGACGGAGGUUUCAACAUCGUCCACGUCAAGGACGCUAUUGACAACACCUUCGCCACCCGUGAGUCCAACAUCUUCGUCAUUGGACAGGAUAAGCCCUGGAUCUCCCUGCCCAAGGGCAAGGGUGUCAAGCUCACCAUUGCUGAGGAGCGUGACCGCCGUCGUGCCUAUGCUUCCCAGAACUAA